GUCGAAAUUAAAAUUCGUAAUAGUAGCUUCUGCAAACUAGAUACAUAUGCAGAAUGCUACCCUAGAAUGGAUGUGUUGUGCACCUUGUAUUUGGUUGCGAACUUCGACAACCGUUCAUAAAAUUGCUAUAACGACGGCUACAAUUUUGGUAACAGCCUUGUUGGUUGCAUCACCAAUACUAUUUUUAAUAAGUACAGCUCCUUCGCGCCUACCAAAGGAGUGUUUUUCCAGCACUGAUGAAUGUGUUUCAACAUCUCCCCCCCCUAUAGAAUGCACAGAAAUAAUAUGUCACGCAGUUGCUGACAGUAUUCAAGGAAACAUAAAUUGGAAUUUGGAUCCGUGCACAGAGUUUAAAAAUUUUAGCUGCUCAGGAAAUAUUCGUACUACAAAGACUGUGCGGAGCAUUCAAGGAACUGUUGACACUCAGAUGCAAUAUCUCCUUCAGCAUAAUACCACAAAGGGGCCUUUUCGAAAGCUUGGACGACUUUUUAGCAGUUGCAUGCGGCAAAAAACGAAUUCUUCAACUAUAAAAGUCGUUCUAGAACAGCUUGGUGGUUAUCUCCCCACAGGAACGGUUGGUCCUACUUCAAUAUCAUCUUUGAUUAAAAAAAUGUUGAAAUUGGGUCCAACGCCUCUUAUUGAUAUAUAUUACGAUUUAAGCUACGGCCGCCGUCCUCAAGUGUUGUUAAUAAUAGGCAGACCUGGAACUUCACCGCCAAUAUUAGAGAACAGCAUACGCUAUUCCGGUCCAAAAGCACCACCGAAUCAGUUUAAAAAUGGAAAAUAUAAACUGCUAAAGAAACUACUAGAUGACUUUUUACCAAACGAGCUUUCUUCUGAUCAAAAGUCUUCAGAGAAAGAGACGAUUUCCACAUUUAUCGACCAACUAAACCAAGACGGAAACAAACAACGAACAAUGUGAACAUACAGUGUCGAAAAUGUUUUCAUUGAUUUGUGGCGUGAACGAGUCGGAGACUUGCAACGGGCUAAACGAAAUUUGCACAUCUAUGCCGAUAUAUCUGUGCUAAUGGGACACAAAUUUAUUCCAAAAGAAGUUCAUGUAAAAAUAAGGAA